AUGGGUGACUGGAACCUGCUGGGCAGCAUCCUAGAAGAGGUCCACAUUCAUUCCACCAUUGUGGGCAAGAUCUGGCUUACCAUACUCUUCAUCUUCCGCAUGCUGAUCCUGGGUGCGGCCGCUGAGGACGUAUGGGAUGACGAGCAGUCCGAGUUUGUCUGCAACACUGACCAGCCUGGCUGCAAGGCGGUCUGUUACGACCGUGCCUUCCCCAUCUCCCUCAUUCGCUUCUGGGUCCUGCAGGUCAUCUUCGUCUCUGCGCCCUCGCUGGUCUACAUGGGCCACGCCCUCUACUGCAUCCGAUCGCUGGAGAAGGAGCGACACCGCAAACGAGCCCAGCUGAAAGAGGAGCUGGACGAGCUUGAGUUGGCGUUGGAUGAGCAUAAGCGCAUGGAGAGGGAGCUGAGGAAGCUGGACGAGCAGAGAAGGGUGAAGAAGGCUCCUCUCAGAGGCUCUCUGUUGAGAACCUACAUCAUCCAUAUCCUUACACGCUCUGCGGUGGAGGUCUGCUUCAUCCUGGGCCAGUAUGUACUCUAUGGUGUCCAACUAGAGCCGCUCUAUAAGUGUGAGAGGCUACCUUGCCCCAACAGUGUAGACUGUUACAUCUCCAGGCCCACAGAAAAGACCAUCUUCAUGGUCUUCAUGAUCGCCAUCGCUGGUGUGUCACUUUUCCUGAACAUUCUGGAAAUAUCCCACCUGGGCAUCAGGAAAAUCAAACAGACACUGUAUGGAGAGAGGUACACAGAAGAUGACAGUUUGAUUUACAAGUCCAAGAAGAAGGCAUCCUUACCACACCUCUGUGUAAUGAGCACUGUAUCACCUCACAAUGGGCCUUUGACUCAGACCUUCAAAGUGAUUCCAGAGGCAGACAUGAAGCCUCCUCAUUACAACACUGGACUUAAAGCCAACCAGGACGCACUAAGACACAACAGCUUGGCUCAUCUGCGUUACAGUCAGACCAGCUAUAUCUGCCCCCAACCUAGGAUGCCACCCAGGUCUGACCAGAACUGUGCAAUCCAAGCCCCCCAAACCCAUGAAGGUCCAGAGGUCAGCACAGUCAUGGUGGACAACCAUCCAGCAUGGGCUUCUACUGUGUCCAAUGUGGAGGAAAGUAAAACAAGCCAUCUUGAGGAUCCCCAUGAUGGAGAACACCCUCAACCCAGCCACUUGGAAUCACUGCUGUCAGCUAGCACCUUAAGGCCCAGCGCUAUCAGAGACCUCGAUGAGGAUGAACGAAGGGAGUCGAUGGGAAGCGAGGUCCUGCUGCACAACCCCAGGAAGACCAGCUUCAUGAUCAGACCACCAUCUGAGAGCUUGUCCUCCAUCAGUCGCUCCACGAGCCCUUCCUUACAUACCUCAGAGGAGUCGGAUGAACUGGGCUCCCUGCAGGGAGACAUGCCAAUGAUGCCGCCUGCUGGAGGCCGAAGAAUGUCAAUGAGCAUGUUUCUGGAUAUCUCCUCUAUCAUGAAGAAGUGA